CGUAGCAAAUUUUCUUGUUUAACCCCCGCGAAUAUCCCGUAAUCUGCUGACAGUACCAAGAAGAGGGGAGACGCGGCGGCAGCGACGGCGGCGGCCAUGGCGACCCCCCUUGUGCUCGUCGUGCUCCCGCUCGGCCUCCUCUUCCUCCUCUCCGGCCUCAUCAUCAACGCCGUCCAGGCUGUCUUGUUCUUGUCGAUAAGGCCCUUCUCAAAGAGCUUGUACCGGCGGAUCAACAGAUUCUUGGCCGAGCUGCUGUGGCUUCAGCUAAUCUGGCUUGUGGACUGGUGGGCUGGUGUUAAGGUACAACUGCAUGCAGAUCAAGAAACUUAUGAGCUAAUGGGCAAAGAGCAUGCCCUUAUCAUAUCAAACCACCGGAGUGAUAUUGAUUGGCUUAUUGGAUGGAUUUUAGCACAGCGUUCAGGAUGUCUUGGAAGCACACUAGCUAUCAUGAAGAAAUCUUCAAAGUUCCUUCCAGUUAUUGGAUGGUCCAUGUGGUUUGCAGAAUACCUCUUUUUGGAGAGAAGCUGGGCAAAGGAUGAAAAGACACUUAAAUGGGGUCUUAAAAGGUUGAAGGACUUCCCCAGAUCAUUCUGGCUUGCUCUGUUUGUUGAGGGAACACGGUUUACUCCAGCAAAACUUCUAGCAGCUCAAGAAUAUGCAGCCUCGCAGGGUUUGCCAGCCCCUAGAAACGUACUGAUUCCACGGACAAAGGGGUUCGUAUCAGCAGUAAGUAUUAUGCAUGAUUUUGUCCCAGCUAUCUAUGAUACAACAGUGAUAAUCCCUAAAGAUUCACCUGCACCAACAAUGCUGCGGAUUCUCAAGGGACAAUCAUCAGUAGUUCAUGUCCGCAUUAAACGUCAUGCAAUGAGUGAUAUGCCUAAAUCCGAUGAAGAUGUUUCAAAAUGGUGCAAAGACAUCUUUGUGGAAAAGGACGCAUUAUUGGACAAACAUAUAGCAACUGGUACCUUUGAUGAGGAGAUUAGACCAAUUGGUCGUCCAAUAAAAUCUUUGCUGGUGGUUCUGUCUUGGUCAUGCCUCCUCCUAUAUGGUGCCUACAGAUUCUUACAGUGGACUCAACUCUUGUCGUCAUGGAAAGGUGCUGUCCUCUUUGUUGCUGGAUUGGCACUGGUGACUGGCAUUAUGCAUGUCUUCAUAAUGUUCUCUCAGUCAGAGCGCUCGAGCUCUGCCAGAGCAGCAAGGAAUCGAGUCAAGAAAGAUUGAGGGCUCUUGAUUCAGUCUGCAGGGGGGGGGGGGGGGGGAUGCUGCCAAUUCAUUGUGUGCCGAUUUUAUGUAGGCGCAAGCGCGAUGGGCUAAAUUUUCUCAGUGCUUGUUCUCAUUAGGAACCGAUGAAGUUUUGCGUGGCAACAAUUGUGAUCUCCAACCCUCGUCGUGUACUUGUAUGCAGGGCACAAGUGUAGUUUUUUUUUUGUUUUUUUGGAAUGCCAGGUACUGCUACUUGAAUUUAUUUAAUUUUUAACCAGCCUGAAUAUGCAUACAGUUUUUUAUGGUUCCCAGCUUGGUUAUAUCACCUUUAUUGUCUGAAA